GCAACAUUUCCUCACUUCCAAUAGAUGGCGCUCUUCUGAUCAACUACUAUUUCUGGAGAAUUACUGAGGAAGUGAUUAGCGCUCUACAGAGGGGACAGAUGCCAGAAACAGAAAUAGUAAACAUGAAAGUGAGAAGCAGACUGUAGCGUGAAGCUGUCUGUGUAACGUUAGUGUUCAGCGGCCCACUGAGAUCGGAUCCGUGUGUUUAUUCGCGUCUGACGGCGGACAGUCGAGACCGGACGGGCGAGAUCAGCGAGAAGAAGAUCAUGUACAACAACAACGGCAGCAGCAGCACACCGUCCUCCUCCUCUUCCUCAUCUGAGGCUGGAGACAUGAAAAGUGCACUGUUCAGCCCGGGCGAGCCGCUCAGACAGCCGCGCACGACUCCUCCGGCGUCCGACGGCGGCGCAGAGAGCAGAUCCCCCAUUCCUUCAGGACACAAUAGCAGCAGUGCUGUAGAUGCACUUGUGAAAAACUCUAAACUGUCUGCCGCAGCACCUGAGUUUGUCCCGGGCAAUUAUGCAUCGUUCCAGGAUGACGUGUAUUCCGAUGGAUCUGAAGAUUACUACCCUGAGACCUCACUGGCUGAUUUCGUUCAGGAUUUCGUAAGCCAUCUGAACUCGUCUCCGGGGUCCUUCGAGUCAGAAAUCGAUUACAUCACGGAUAUGCUGAACAGCUGCGUCACUACAGAGGAGAUUCUGCAGGAGCUGGUAGAGCUCAUCUACGUACAGUCCACGUCUAUCCCUAACUUUGCCUACACGGGUGCACGGCUCUGUAACCAUCUGUCUCAUCACAUCCGUCUCAGUCCAGCCAGCGGUAACUUCAGACAGCUGCUGCUGCAGAGGUGUCAAACCCAGUUUGAGCAGAGGGAGCAGGCCGUGAGAGGAGAUCCAGGGACCCAGAAAAGGUUUCACUAUUAUGUGCUGUUUCUGGGGGAGCUUUACCUUAACCUGGAGAUAAAAAGUAGAAAGGACACACCCGGGCGAGCUAACGUCUUACUGGGAGCGCUAAAGGAACUUUUGAACACAUUAUUCUCUCACGCAGAUGACCCCAACCUAAUGUGUGCUGUCAAAUUACUUAAGCUGAGCGGUUCCAUUCUGGAUGACACAUGGAAGGAGAAAGGCCAGUCAGACAUGGAUGAGAUAAUCAAGAAGAUUGAAGACGUUUUGCUGGAUGUCAAAUGCAGCCGAGAUGUCAAGCAGAUGCUGUUGAAACUGGUGGAGUUACAGUCCAGUAACUGGGGUCGAGUUCACACAGCAAGUGUGUCCAGUGACGCUACACCAGACAAUGACCCCAACUACUUUAUGAAUGAACCAACCUUCUACACGGCGGAUGGGACGCCUUUUACAGCAGCAGAUCCUGAAUACUCAGACAAAUAUCAGGAGAUUCUAGACAGAGAAGACUACUUCCCUGAUGCAUAUGAAGAGAAUGGAAAUGAUUUGUAAGUAGAUAUUUAUGCGGUGAUGA